AUGGAAACGCUCACUGGGUUCAGAAAUGCUACGUUCCGUGAAACAAUUGAAACGAUGGCUGGUCGCAUCUUUAAUAGAUCGAAUGAUAUGCAAGAGCUGACAUACGUGGGGUUUGGAGGACACCUCGAAUCAGGGCAAACAGUGUCCCCAAACUUGGAGAAUAUCCAUGAUAUAAGCCAACUGGAGGACUUGAAUAAGGAUUGUCCUCGCACACGCCUAUUCACCAUUGGCCAGCACCGAUCGUGGUCGAACUUGAACAUCAGUCGAACGAUGUUUGAAGCCUUCAUACAAUCACAUGACGUGUUCAACCACAUCUGGAGACUUAUGAUGGUCCUCGGAAUCACGACUGAAAACAAUGAACAGAGUUUUCCCGGAUUCAAGUGGCAGCAGAUGACUCAAGGAUCAUAUGAAAUUGCAUACAUUGUUCGACGUGUAGAGUUCACGAAUCGUCUUCAAGAACGUUCACCCUGGUCGAUCAGACAGAGCGGGGUCUAUCAGAACUUUCAGAAUUGUAACUCUAGACUGAUGAGUGGUAUGACCGAUGUACCAGUCUUAGGCCCCACUUUCGAAUCGUUGUCCCUGGUCAUUGCGCCCUCGAGUGCGACAAAGUUGAUUCUUGCGAAUAUUGAAAACAUGGUCUCUUUUAUGGAGGAGAUUGAUUCGAAUCCAUGGAACUUACACAUCGCUCUUGUCGAAGAAGGUCUCAGCAACUGGCCUGAUUAUAUGGCCUGGAUUGAAACAGAGCUACGUCAACUGCUUAACAAAGCAGUCCUGACGGAUACUGGCUCUGUGUCUGACACUAUGGUCGGAGAGAGUGCGUCGAUAGCUCCCGGCAUUGACAUAAAAAUCAGCUUCAAUGAUCGUCAAAAGCUACAGGAUCUCGAGGACUACAUCACGGACCUAAAUGCAAUGUUCUCUCUGUCUAGGAGGAACGUAAUGGGACUUAUGAAGGUCUGUGCAAUAUCUUGCAAAGCACACCAGCACAUAUCGAUCGGCCUCUGUCAAUGCGAUGAUAAGAUUGCAGCGAUGGGCGAGCAAAUCAGCCAGAUUGAUGCUCUAUUGGAAUGUACAGUGAACCUGCGCGAGCGAGCGAGGUCCGUCCGAAAGAUGCUCUCUGAUUUGUUGAACUAUGAGGAUAACAAAGCUUUGGUGUUGCUGGCGGAGCAGUCUCAUCUUGAGAGCCAGGCAAUGCAUGAACUAACAAAAAAAAGUACAACAGAUGCAGCAGCCAUGAAGGCUCUGACCGUCAUAAGUCUCAUAUAUCUGCCAACGACAAUCGUAGCUAAUUUCUUUUCCACUGAAUUUAUCAAAACGAACGACAAUGGUGGUAUAGAAAUAUCAAGAAGCACUUGGCUUCUCGCUGCCAUCUCUGUUCCUCUUACACUCUUCACUAUCGCUCUGUGGAUCUUGUGGCAGUAUUGUACAAAGACCCCGGACCAAUACCAACUUCCUUUGUACCAUGGACCAGAUCGUGGCAGUGGAGAUGGUAAGGUUGAACUACGCCGCAGGACCACAGAGCCGAUCUUGAGCAAGGUGAGGAAUUGGACGAUGUCUCCCGAACCGACCUAA